AAAAGAGAAAAAAAGAAAGAAAAAAAGUUCCUUUUUAUUUACUUUGUAUAUAUAAAUAUUUUCAACAAAACAAGUAAUUAAAAUCAAGUCUUCAACAUGACAUCUAUUCUAUCCAAUAAUGAACAUAGUAUAAAUACAAACGAUAAGAAUCAAGAUACCCUUUUACAAUCAUUUAUUCAAUCAAAAACUAUAAACGACGUUUUAAAUAAGGUUAAACCUACUUGUCGUGAUUUGCUGGAUCUUCCUCAUACUUCUACUAUAGAAGAAGCCUUUGAUUUACUUUUAGCUGAAGAUAUUUUAUCAGUCCCUAUAUAUUAUCUUGAUGAAAAAACGAAAGAUAAGAAAUAUAUUGCUAUUGUAAGUGCUUUAGAUUUAUUAAAAUUAUUAAGUACAAAGAUUUCAAUGGAAACUUUACAAACCAAUAGUUGUGCUCUUUUAAUGCCCUUAAAGGACGCUAUUGGAGUCACAGAGCCAUUAACUAUUCUUAACUCAGCUGACAGUUUACGCCAAUUACUUGAUUGCUUUAGUUUCGAAAAAACACAUCGAGUUUUAAUUCAACAACAAUCGAAUGGAGAACUUGUUUUACUUUCACAAAUGGACUUGAUUCGAUUCUUCCAAGCUUAUAAUCAUCAGUUAGGAUCGGAUAUUUUAGAUCUUCCUGUUUCAAAUAUCAAGUCAUCAGGUAUCAAAUCAACAUUAAAUUAUCGUUCGACUGCAGCAGAAGGAUUUUUAAAAUUAGCAGCUGAUGAUCGUAUCAGUGCCUUGCCUAUUCUUGAUGAUAAUGGUGAUUUGAUUGGAGAAAUUAGUGCACAGGAUUUACGGGGUUUAAAUCGAAAUAGAUGGGAUACUCUUAUGAAACCAGUUGUGAUGUUCUUAAAGGCAAGCCACGGUGACCUUUAUCCUCCUUUAACCUGUCAUGAUCAGUUUACACUUUCUCAAGUUAUGUCUGCCUUUGUCUUGAGAAAAACAUACAGACUUUGGUGGGUGGAUUAUGCUAGUUUUAAGCUGAAAGGUGUUAUUAGUUUAACUGAUAUUUUAAGCACUCUAGCAACCAUUAUAUAAAUAGUUAUUAUAUAAUAAAUAUAACAGCUUAUAUAUACAUGUA